AUUUUUGAACUGUUUAAAAUAGUUUGCGAGGAAACGAUUCGAGACGAGUUGGAAUGUUAUGAGUAGUAUUUCGAGCGUUUCUGGCGAAAUGAGAAUAUGAUAAUAAUGUAUUAGGUUUAUAAACAAAUAAUGAUACAUUAACAAAAUUAUUUGGUAAGAAAAGAUGUAUGUAUCGUAUGAUUUGAAUGAUUAUCGUUGAUUUAUGGAACGUUAUCGUUAUUGUUUAUUACAUGUAUCCGCAAUGUUAAUUAGUGAUGCUGUCUCCCAUGUCCAUUCUGUAGUAACAGACGAGCAAACAUUAAUAAUGUAUUUAUAUGAUUACAAUAACAACAAUGAAGAUAUGAGGUUACGUUUUAGAAGUAUCGUAUUGAUUAUAUGACCUAAGGCUAUCUUAUAACGAUCAGUGUACAUAUUACAUUGAACGGUAUCGAAGAUGAAUGAAGACGUGGAGUACAAUGUCGCCGCUAGAUAUCGAACAGUUAAAAAACAUCUAGAUAACUUGGGAUACAAACAGGCGCUGUCUUUAGACGCUCUACCCCUGGUAGAGGCCUUACUGGGUGAUUUGAUACAAACCACAGACAGCCUUAAGCACUUCAAAACCGUCGCUCAAGAGAAUAUUGAGACAUGCAGCCAGUUGCAAUUGGCAGUUGAUCCUUACAAAUGUGAUAAUGCAAGAUUAGUGCGAGAAUGCAACCAGCUUCAUUCAGAUCUGAUAGAGGCUAAGGAGACACAUCAGAAGCAAGUCAAGGAUCUUAAAAGACAGAUAUACAAGUUAGAAUGUGAAUGCAAUGAUCUACAACUGGCAUCCUCGCGUAACAUAAAUAAGAUAAAGGAGCUUGAGGCAGAAUCAGCUGCCAAAUCUAAGAAGAUAUUGGAGCUUCAAGGCAAAUGUCUAAAGCCAACUAUUAUUAAUGUCGGUCUUGCUGCCAAGAAACGUCCCUGCUUUCCUCUUCGAAGAGCAGUCUUGGAAGCUGAGCCAAUGCCAAAGGCAAAGACCAACAGUUCAUUGCCAAAAUUAAGUAGUGUGGAGCCUAAGAUAAUAGACAUGAUAAGCAUGGCAGACCACAAGAUGAAUUGUCUAAGUCAGGAGGUAACCAAAUUACGGGGAGAGCUUUUAUUGCAAACCGAUACCAUAGAGAUUCUUGAGAAACAGCUAGCCACAAAAGAAAAAGAAAUAAUUCGAUUAAGAAAAAUGUUAGAAGGCGGUCGUUCCCAUAUUGCACUUAGCAAGGACUGUACUUGCAAAAAAAUAGAAAAGAAAACUGAUGUUACUCAUAAUACUGCAGAAAUUAAUGAAGUUAAAAUUCUUCAACAGGCCAAAUUGGAGUUGGAACAACAGUUAAAAGAAUCUCUAAAUAAACAACAUGAUGCUAUGUCUCAGGCAAUGAAACUAGCAGCACGAAAUGAGGAACUUGAGAAAGAAUUAAGAGAUAUAGAUCACGUUGCAUUAGCUGUAGAAGCUGAUUGCAACUCUGCAGUUAAAGAGAAUAACAGAAGAGUUGGCAAACUCCAGGAGAAGUUAGAGGAUAUCAUGAUGCAAGUGCAUGUCUUAGAACGUGAGUUAACUAUGGAACGUAGAGAAGUACAGGAAUUAAGAGCAGAUCUGGAAGCAUGUAGGCUUGAAAAGCGUAAUGUUCAGCGUACUCUAGAAUCUACAUUGGAUGAAAAGAAACGAAUGUCUGACAGGAUCAAUCAACUAACAGUCAUUGGUGGUCAAAAUUCUUACAAAAAUGAUAAAAAUGAAAAAUAUGAUAUGGAUUAUCAGACUACAGUUAAAGAUAGAGAAGUCAUAACAAAUACAAGCAAUGUUUUUGAGAUGCAAAAACGAAUUGACGAAGCAGAAUUAAAAAUUGCAUCUUUGCAACAGACGAUCCAACGAUUAGAAGUAGAACGAGAUCAUUAUAGAAAGGAAUACAUAAAUUGUGAUGAACAACGCAAAUCAGCUGAUAAAGAUACCGCCGAAUUAUGGACACAAAUUUGUGAAUUAAAAAGCGAGUUAAGCCGCAAGGAAUAUGCUUUAAAUAACGUACAGCGAGAGAAAGAAGAAUUAUGUCAACAAAAAAAGGAAAAUCUGGAAGCGCGACUGCAAACAUAUAAGAAUCAACAGUAUAUUCCUUGCAGAUCAUGUUUGUGCAAACCCGUUUGUAUUUGUACUUGUGCCUCUGGUUCGCCAAUAUCUGCCAAAGAUAUUAGCACAGCAAAGAUAAUGCAUGAACAUUUGGAACGAGAACGGGAUACAGCUAAAGCAGAUGUUGAGCGACUGAUAGAAGAACGCGAUGCAUUACGGGAGAGACUUAAGAUGAUGUCGGAAGUGCACACAUCCGAGCAACUCCAUCUUAAGGAAAAUUUAACCGAGACGGAGAAUCGAUUAAAACAUAUAGAAAAAGAACGACAAGAUCUCUUGGUCACUCAGGGCACGAAAAGAGCAGCGAUAAACGGUCUUGAGGAUCAAUUGGACGACAUACAAGAGGAAUUGCGUCGUACAAAACAGGAAUUAAUGGCACAACGAACGCAAUACUUCCAAUUACGAACUCUGCAAGAUCAAACAGAUCAAGCUCUUGGAGACGCGCAGAAUCAAUUGUCGCAAGCAGAAUCAGAGUUAAACAAAGCUAUGGAUCGCAAUAGAAAUAUGGAGCAGCAGCAAUCGCAAUUGAACGAUCAAAUCAAGGGACUGAAGCAAGAGAUAAACACUCUGCGCUCGAACAUGACGCUUUUAGAUCAAGAGAAAGAUCGUCUAUUGAUGGCAUUGGAUGAAAAGACAGAGAAGAUCGCCGCGUUAGAACGAGAAUUGAUGCACAAGGAUCAACAAAUGGAGGGGGUACAACAACAAAUCCGCGACUUACAGCAUAAAAACGAGAUAUGCAUUGAUCAGAGCGCCGAGCGAGAACGUCAGCUCAGGUCGCUGCAGCUGGAGAUGGAGACGGUACAGCGGCAGUUCGAAACCGCGUCGGUGGACCGCGAGAAUGCGAUUCAGGAGAACCGGAAGCUGCAGGACGACUUAGCGGCGGUGACCUGCGAGGUGCGGAACAUGCAACGCGAGCUGGAAAUCUCGCGCGCCGAGUGCUAUGACCUGAAGCGACAGCUGCAGACUUACGUCAGCGAGGUCCGUCGUGCCGAGGAACUCUUAAAUCGAAAGGAAAACGAGAGAACGGAAAUGCUGAAUCAUUUCCGAAGUCUCAGCUUGGAGGCGACGGUUCUGGAGAACAAUAAUCAUAGCUUGGAGUCUGAGGCGGCGGAGGCUAGGGGUGCCCUUCAAACCGCGAGGCAUCAGAUACUCGAUCUCGAGCGUCAGUUAGCGGAUAAAGAUUGUUUGAUAAAAGGCUACGAGACUCAGAUAAGCAAUCUCACGCAGAGCGUCGCUAGCAUGGAGACGCAAUUACGACAACAGAUCGAACAGAAACAUCGAGCCGAGGCCGAUCUAAUGGCGGUCAGAGACCUGUGCGUGAAGCUGGAUCAACAAAAGGAUACGCUUGUGGAACAACUCGGUGACAAUGACACUGUGAAAGCGCAGUAUGAAGCGCAAUUGUCAAGAUUGCAAGCCGAGCAGACUAUUGUUCAAGAUCAGAUUACUAGAGAUCGCGUGACUGUGGAACGACUGGAGACUCUUCUGGAUCAAGCGAGGCAGGAGUCCAUUAACGCGCAGGCUACUAAUCAAGAGCUGCAAAAUGAAAUAUCCAGAUUGAAGCAGAAAGUCUCCGAUCUUCAAAGUAAACUUUCGUUAGAAUCUGCGGAACUCAGACAGUAUCAGAAUCAAGCGGCGGAAUACAGCAAACAGAUUAGCGAACUUCGUAGACAGGUUACCAACGAGAGGUUUGACCGUGCUAGAAAGGAAGAGGAAAGUCGCAGGUCACUAAAUUCCUCUCCAGAUAGUUUCAAUGUAGAUUUAAAUGUAGUCAUAUAGAAUAUUAUAUAUUAUCUUUUGAUCUAAAAAUAUUUGCAAAGAAAAGAAAAGAUAAUAUUAAUAGAGUAUAACACUGCAAAACGCACAAAUUGAUUUUGUAUGUCAAGCUUCGGCAAUAUGAUUUAAAAUUUAAUUCGCAGAUACAGAGAGAACUAUUAAGUACUUCUUAAUGAUCGUAUAAGCUUAUGAAUACUUGCAAUAUGUAUGUUAUAUAAACAAAAUCUGUCAUCCACAAAAAUGGAUAGGCAAAAUUGAUGACAAAUAGCGCAAUUAAGAGAUCAAGACUUUUAGAAAUAAAAGUAUGAUUUUUUAGUCGUAAACAAGAAUAAAAAUAGUAUCGUUCGUAUAUAUACUAAUUUAUCUAAUUAUGAAAUAUAUCUUGGACCAGUACACGUGGGAAAAAUCGAAUUGUACAAGCUGUGCUUAGAAAUCAUAUCAAAAAUAGAUUAAACUGCCACAGGAAUUGAAUAAGAAAUAAUUUAAAACUUGGAAUAUUUUAAAGAAUUGUGAAUAUAUCAAAUAUAUAAUAGAAAACAUACAUUGAAAAGAGAAAAAAGCAACAAAAAAGUCACUAAUACUUCUAUCAGUUUAAUCAACAUAGAUAUUAUAGUGAUAAUUUUAUAAUUUUAUUUUUCCGAUUUUCUAUAAGUCGAGAGAAAAAUAAUAAAUUUGAAAUAAAAAUUAAUUUUAUUGAACAAAAAAUAAAUAGGAGAAAUAUCAUGAAUACAUAUUGAAUAAGAAUCCUGCAAUAAAAAUGCUGUUUAUACACACAUAUAUAUAUAUGAAAAUAAUUUAAGUCAUAAAGUAUUUUGUGAUAAAUGUGUAUCUUUCUAAGUACAAAUAUAUUUUUAAGUUUUUUGUACAUCCAA